AUGGCAAAGAAGAAGUCACAUAAAAGCUUCAAGUCCUUUGCAACAAGAGGCGAUUCCCACUGGCCGACGCACCCCUCGGAAACUCAGAAAAACAAACCUAUCGAAGCAUCGACCGUCACGCAAGACACGAAUGAGAUGGGGGGUAUUGAGGGACCUGCUGCUAAAAGGCGAGCCUUGGGCACCGGCAAACUGAACGCUAGAUCCUUCGAGUAUCGCGACCUGCAAGUCAGAACACGACGAAAGGCGGAGUGUCCUUCCAACCCCAAGAAGAAGGGUCAAUCGAUGUGUAUCCGCGGUCGAGGACAAGACCGAGACGCGACACCUCAUUGUGGUAGCUUCCGCCAUAGUUUUCAAGUGCGAAUCCGGGACCUCUCCCCUGUUGAGGAUGAACCAGAGUUGAAAGACGAUGAUCCACAUGCUUCCCAGAACGACAACCCCACAGCGACUGGGAAAACAAAAGCAACCUGGAUGAGCCAGGAAGAAGCCAACACUGCUUUCCUUUGUCUUGGACCUCUUGAUGCGAUCCGUUAG